AUGAAUUUUGAUACUGCUGAUGAAGUCAACUUCUGGAGUAACCGUUCCUCGGAGCUGUACUCGGGGACACAGGGACCAUUAUCUGCAAAUAAUUCCAACUUGACCACAGCAAAUGGCACAGACAAUAACACAGACACGAAUCCGCUGGACCUUACCCGAGCCGUGUCCGUUGGUAUAGUUCUGGGCGCGUUCAUUCUGUUCGCAAUCGUGGGCAACAUACUCGUAAUACUUUCCGUUGUAUGCAACAGACACCUGCGCAUCCCAACAAACUAUUUCAUUAUCAACCUCGCCAUUGCGGACCUGUUGCUGGGUACAACGGUGCUGCCGGUGUCUGCAACAUUGGAGAUUCUUGACUACUGGGUAUUCGGGAGGAUAUUCUGUGACAUCUGGGCGGCAGUGGACGUGCUAUGUUGCACUGCUUCCAUUAUGAGCUUGUGCGUAAUAUCCAUAGACCGUUACAUAGGAGUGCGCUACCCACUGCAGUACCCCUGUAUAGUAACGGAGAAAAGAGCCCUUUUGGCCAUGCUCGGUGUUUGGGUUCUCGCUACUGUCAUUUCCAUUGGACCUCUGCUCGGGUGGAAACAACCACCCUCAAAUGACGACACCAUUUGCCCCAUCACCGAAGAGCCCUUUUACGCACUGUUCUCGUCAUUGGGUUCAUUUUACAUACCUCUGGCUGUCAUCCUUUGCAUGUACUGUCAGGUUUAUGUAGUUGCCAAACGGACCACUAAGAACUUAGAGGCGGGGGUCAUGAAAGAACACAUGGACUCGAAUGAGCUCACGCUCAGGAUCCACUGCAAAAACGCACAACUACAGGAAUACUGCGGCGCAGGCAAGGGCCAGACACGGAGCACGCUAACAGUCAAACUGCUCAAGUUCUCCCGAGAGAAGAAAGCUGCUAAAACGCUCGGUGUCGUGGUGGGCAUGUUUAUUCUCUGCUGGCUGCCAUUCUUCCUCGUGCUGCCCAUCGGUUCAUUCAACGCCAACCUGCGUCCCCCGGAGACGUUCUUUAAGGUGAUCUUCUGGCUAGGCUACUUCAACAGCUGCCUGAAUCCCAUCAUCUACCCCUGCUACAGCCGAGAGUUCAAACAGGCCUUCAUCCGCAUCCUCAAGUGCCGCUGCCAUCAGAAGAAAAAGCAGAAGGGCUGGAGGGCCUACUACAACUACCGUUCCUCUCACCUGGGCUCCACCAACAACUCCUACCUGAACGGGAGUCAGCAGACCCUGUCCUCUGUCAACCCCAGCCCUCGCUGUGUGAGCAAAGGAUCCGGCUCUCGCCUGGAGUCUGGGUGGGGCCAUGGCUCCCUGUCCCCCUGCCUGUCUCUGCCUGGGAGCCCCUUCACCAGCCAGAUGAGGGCCCUUCCUGGGGCUGUCCGCCAGAGCACCAGCAGAACUAUCAGAGUCAACCUGGCCUCCCCCCUGGCCAGGGAGCCAGUGCAUGCCAAUGGACAGAGUGGGAAUGGAAAGGUGGAGCAUGGGGCAAUCCGGGGAACACCUGAGACAAUAAUGUAAUGGCGGGUUGGAGCAUCAGUCAUAAGCCUGGACAAUGCCGUUUGAUAGUCUGUACAUAUGCAACGGUAGCCUUUACAUCUAGGUGCAUGUGGGUAUUUUAUACUGGAUGCUGAAAUAUGGACAAAGGCCUAACUACUGUAGCAGUCUGGAUUUAAAAUUUACGCAUCACACCAGAGGGUCAAUGGUCAAUGUGUCCGUAUUUAUUACUAAAAGUCUGAUUGCUUGUAGUUCCAUGUCCUCCAAAUGUCCUUUUAAAUAAUUAUUUGUAUUAUUAAAGGAUACUUUUAGACAGAACACUGAAGGCCUCUGCUACUGCACAAAACCUUUUCAGAAUAACAUCUGCAGCUCUGGCACAUACAACUUUUUAUUUUAAUCGUUUUGGUACUAUUUUCACAAUUAUGGUGUGAUUUUUCAAAACUCUUAGUACAAAACUCAAAAUGGGUAGCACUUGUAAUGCAACCUGUCUUAAUUCAAACCCUUUCAUUGUCCAUUUAUUUCAUUUGUAGACAUCUUUUACCACAUAACCGUUGAUCCACAAUAUAGGUUAACUCUGACAUAUAGUGAGUACAUUGAUUUAAUCAUCAAAACACAACAUAAUAAUAUCUUCUCAAUGUAGUUAUUUUAAAUAGCAGUUAAUCCACUAGCAAAACAUCUUAGACACUUGUUUCUAUCAUGUUUCAGGUAAGACCCAAAUGCAGACUGUGUUGUUGUAACAAUGUUUAGCACA